GUAUUGAACACUGAACAAAACCACUUCCGGCUGUGACGUCACGAAGAGAAAAAAUCUCUUGGGUGGAUGAUACACAAUUGUUUCAUUGUUUUGGUCACAGUCUCCAAAAAACAUGUCUUCUCUUGAGAUGAAGAUGGAGACAUGUACUUCCUCGGAUGAGAGAGUGGAUCAAAGAAGGGUGGAGACUGCUGCAAUGAUUACAUCAAUUACACCGCGUACACCGGAACCGUCACCUCAGUAUAACCAGGAUCGUGAUAUAUGUAUAAAAUGUUUUGAUGGCUGGACUGAAAACGACCAAGUUGUAUUUGUUGAACAUUUGUUAUCUCGGAUGUGUCAUUAUCAACACGGACAGAUUAAUACAUUUUUAAAACCUAUGUUGCAAAGAGAUUUCAUUUCAGCACUGCCAGCCAAGGGUCUAGAUCAUGUAGCAGAGUCCAUCCUUUCCUUCCUGGAUGCCAAAUCAUUAUGUUCAGCAGAGUUAGUGUGCAAAGAGUGGUACCGUGUGAUCUCGGAAGGAAUGCUAUGGAAGAAAUUGAUAGAAAGAAUGGUGCGCACAGAUCCCUUAUGGCAGGGGCUUGCAGAAAGACGGGGAUGGAUUCACUUCUUGUUCAAACCUAAGCCUGGAGAGUCCCAAAAAGACCACAAAUUCUACAGAAACUUAUACCCAAACAUCAUUCAAGACAUUGACAAAAUUGAGAACAACUGGCGGACAGGCCGACACACCUUACAGAGGAUACACUGUCGUAGUGAGACGAGCAAGGGCGUGUACUGUUUACAGUAUGAUGAGACUCGGAUCAUCAGCGGCCUUAGGGACAACACAAUUAAGAUCUGGAACAGAACAUCACUGGAAUGCAUCCAAGUUUUGACUGGCCACACAGGCUCUGUACUUUGUCUACAGUACGAUGACAACAUCAUAAUCUCGGGGUCCAGUGACUCCACUGUCAGGGUGUGGGAUGUGCGUACAGGGGAAAUGUUGAACACUUUGAUUCACCACUGCGAAGCUGUUCUUCAUCUUCGCUUCUGUGAUGGAAUUAUGGUCACCUGUUCAAAGGAUCGAUCAAUUGCUGUAUGGGACAUGCAGUCACCCACAGAAAUUAACCUGCGAAGGGUUCUGGUCGGCCAUCGUGCUGCUGUAAAUGUUGUUGACUUUGACGAAAAAUACAUUGUAUCUGCUUCUGGAGACCGAACCAUAAAGGUUUGGAGCACACUGUCCUGUGAAUUUGUUCGCACACUCAAUGGUCACAAAAGAGGAAUUGCCUGCCUCCAGUACAGAGACAGACUGGUAGUGAGUGGCAGCUCUGAUAACACCAUCAGACUGUGGGACAUUGAAUGUGGUGCCUGUCUUCGAGUCUUGGAGGGACAUGAGGAGUUGGUGCGAUGUAUUCGCUUCGACAACAAGCACAUUGUCAGCGGUGCCUAUGAUGGAAAAAUCAAAGUGUGGGACCUAGCUGCAGCACUGGACCCUCGGGCUCCUGCAGGAACUCUCUGUCUCCGAACAUUAGUGCAGGAACAUUCUGGUCGCGUAUUCCGUCUACAAUUUGAUGAAUUUCAAAUUGUAAGUAGUUCACAUGACGACACCAUCCUUAUUUGGGACUUCUUAAAUGUGCCCGUGCCAGAAGGAGCAAGCUCAUCCCACUCCCCUGCACGAUCAUACAACUUCAACAAGUGAUUUGAAACCAGCCACGUGAGGAGUUUACAUGCAACUGUGAGCACAUCCUAGAUCUGCUUCGAAAAGAAAAACUAAUUCCACGGGAAUAGAAAUUUUGUCCAAAAUCAUCACCUUUAGUGAUGUGUUUGUGACCCUAAAGUGACCUAGGGUCACAUUUCAGUGCUAUAAUGAUUUUGUUUAGGUACAGUGACCUAAUUCAUUUUCAUUUGAAAUGUAUUCCCAUAAAUAUUGUUUGUUUGCUGGCUAACAUUGCCUUAUUGGAAUGGCUAGGUAAUUUGCAUUGCAGCAUGACUUUAUUUCCCAGCCAAGAUCUCUGUUGAAUGGUGUGAAGUAUGGCUAGGACUACACGGUACCAAGCCAAGUCUAUUGAUAAUUAUAGGACACAGAAUCUGCAGACAACAUAAAGAUUGUCCGAAGGGAAGAGUGCUUAAGUAUCAUUCAAAUCAUACACUGCAGGUCAAAGGGCAAGUCAAUCUAGAAUGGUUGCCCAUGAUUGUCCUAUUCAGCUAUAUAUACACAAAACGAUCAUUUCAGUUGCAUGCAGGUAUUUGUUGAUUUUUUUUAGAGAGAAAGAGUAUAUUUUCAACAUGCAUCAUGUCAGCUAAUCGGCUUGGCUUAUCAAGCUGUUGGUUGAUGCAUGGCAUUUAAGUGGGAAAUAGUAUGCUAAGUCUACUUUGAAUUUAAUAGUGAAGUGACAGAAUGUGUGUGUAUUUGUAGAGAUGUGUCUUGGUGUGCUUGUACAUUGUUUGGUUCUCAUCGACUGUAGUUGUAGUAUUAUGGUGAUUUACAGUUUUCUUGUGUAAUACAUGCUACCAGCCAGAAUAUUGCAAUGCUCAAUUUGAAGAGAUUAUUGUAAAUUGCUUUUGUUAGAGGGACAAAAAAAAAAACAAUCCUAAGCCACCCAAUAAACUUGGUUUUGUGACACAACUGUUCUGAAAAUCUGGAUCCUUAUUUUUGAUCUUUUUUUAUAACAACAAAAAUUUCUCAUCAAAACCAUUGUUCCUGGGAUGUUUCAGAUGAAACGGCUAUAUUCUCUGCUAACUAGUUAUCAGAUGUUACAGUUUUAGUAUACUCCAUUUAUUCAAAAUGAUGUGAUAUUUUUUUCUCUAUUUCUAUUGAAAUUAACUUUAUUCUAAUUUUGAUUAUUGAUUAAUUUGUACAUUUGAAAAAAAUAUCUGUUCUUUUAAUUGUGAAUUUCCAAAAAUAUCCAUGAUAUGUGCAAUGGGGGUAUCAUAUAUUGUUUUUAGAAGAGUAAAAAAUCCAGCAAGUUCGUAUAAUAGUUUUGAUUAUAGAGCAAUUUAUAUUAGUUGAGUGCAAAUUUUAUUUUAUUUCAUUUUUUUUUUUUUGCAAAAUUCCAUAAAAAUCUAUAUUCAUAAAAUGGUGUAACAUAUAUACUAUUUUAAUAAAGCUUCAUGUAGCCAUGACAUCAACGUCUUAUUGAAAAUGCAAACAUUGAAUCUCUUAAAAUGAUGAUGGAUCAUCAAAGAAAGGAGGUUUCUCGUCACAUAGUUCAUAUCCGCACUUUCUCGAACAUGCUCCAUUUUUGUUGUUAAAUAUUAAAAGCCUCAUGCUGGACUUUUGUUAAAUGUAAUCAACUGUUGCUAGAGCGAUUUUUCUUGUGUAUCAUAUGUGGUCGUCUUGGAGCUGUCAGAUUUAAUAUUGUCCUGUGUAGAGAAUAUAGACAUCAGGUAUUAUAACAUGUUCACAUAUGUGUAAGAGAAAAUUUAAGCUGAUCUGGGAAUCUUCAUACUUUUCCAUUUAUAUUCCAUUAUGUGGCUUUCUGUCCGAGUGUUAAGGCAAAUUGAGAGAAAAACGAUUUUUUAACAACAUGGAAAAGAUCGACUAUGCAAAGAUCACCAUAACAACUUGAAAAGUGGACACAACAUGUAUGUUUUUGAGGUUGGAUUUUCAAAUAUUAGAUAUAAUAUGUAUGCUGUUUAAAAUUUUAUUUCAGACUGUUAAUAAGAACAGAAAACAGGGCAUUUUUCAGUUGAGUAAAAUCUGAAUGACUGAUGCCAGUGGCUGUGUUUCCCUUCAAAAUUUAUAUUUAUUCUAAAUUUAAAUUAACAUAAGAUUAUUGCAUAAUUGGACAUAGUUUGUGAUUUGAGAGACUUGAGUGGUGUGAAAGUACUUUGAUUUUGACUAUUUCACUGAGAACCGUUAGGUUUGACCUGUCUGUCAACUUGUUCCCACCUACUCGAACCACCAUUGAACCUGUACUUAUGGGAGUUAUCUUACAAGUGCAGUCGACUUUACACAAACUCUGGAACUGUCGAGCAUGCAUAUAUUGUGUUUUGUAUGCUGCUGUUUCAUAGUCUAUAUUUUAAUGAUUGAACCUGUUCAUCUGUAUUAUUUGAGAUAUAAUAUAGAUAUUGUAGGUGUUUCUUUGCUAUCAAAACUAAUUGUAACAUAAUAUUUUUGAGAUAAUUAACGUAAACAUGCAUCUUUGGUAUAUUUCAAACAUAUGAAUGUGUUGACCAAGAAAGAUUAUUAUAUAAAGAUUAGACGAACAUAAAAAUAUGAUAUACAUGUAAGGUAACUUAUUUAUUGUGCCGAAGUCCAAGGAAAGGUAAUCAAUUAUUACUAACAUCUCCAUCUGGCAGGGAAUAUGUCGUCAGUAUUAAAAUAUGUAUAACCACUACCAAGCAUAACGUGAUAUUUGGAAUUGGACUUAAGGCAGGUUAAGUGUAACAUUUGGAGAGAGUAGAAAUGUGAUUAUUGAAGGUUCCCUGCUGCCCAUUGACCCCUGUAACCUUGGAACAUGUAUAGGUCAAGGUCAUCAGUAGUUUCUGGAGAGGUGUGUUGGGCUGAUAUACUCCCGGUACCAGAGAAUUCAGAUGUGUAGAUGCUAUAUCUAUCCCCUAUUGAACAAGUCUUUUAUCUGCCAGUAAUGUUUCUGUUGAUUCCUACUAAAGCCAUCAGUGGUUCAAACAUCUUGAAUGUAAAGCUGACCUUGUAAUAUCUUCCUAUUUAAAUGAUUAUUUCAUCUUGGUAAGCCUAUAAUUCACUGUCAGAUGAUGUAGAAAGUAACUUUAAAAGUGUCUGUUAAUUAGCUGACCUGCUGGCCUAAUCCCACACAGAUCCAGUCAAAACCCUGAUAACAGUAUGUGUAUAUAUAUAAGACAAUAUUUAGUGCUACCAGUAAUUACAAUAAAGUGCUGAAGCUGAAAAAACCCAAGAACGGCAUUAGUAGUAUCUGCUUCAUUUAAAAUAUAAUCAGUUGUCUGAAAAUCCAGGAACUUUAGUUUCGGUGACAGAAUUUUGAAUAUUCAAUAGCACUGUAUAGCCAUCACCAUGCAGCACUAUAUUGAGUUCACUUUCAAAUUCUAAGUAUUGGAAUGUGUACACCUUAGAACAACAAUGUCAUCAUGUUCCUCAAUUCUCUACUAUCCUCAUCAUAUAAAUCAUAACUUGUUUAUGAUAAACAUUAUAUUGUGAUAAUAAAAUGAUAUAAUUUGUAUAUAGGUUGAGUUUAGAUGUUGUAAGGGAACUCGACUGAGUAAUCACUUUACACCAAGGUAUGGUUGAACUGCUAGUGCGAGGAAUACUUCUGUAUGCUGGUCACCAUGGAGCUCAUUCCUUGUGGUAAUUGCAGUGCAUGCGUGUGAUUUGUCCAGGCUUUUAGUACAGUAGAGCAUACAAUGCUUCUGCUAUGUGUAGAGGGACAGGUUUUGUAGGUUGUAGACGCCACAUAUAAACUAUGUAUCAUUACAGAGUGGAGUACAUAUUGUGUUUUAUUGUACAGAUCAGUCCUGAAAGCUUUAAACAGGAUCACUUGUGUAAUAGGGAAAUGAUGUACAAUUUGUAUGUUUAGUUUUCAUUGGAUUGGAGUGAAUGCAAUUUUUUUUUUCAUCGAUGGGGUAAAAGUGCACAUUGCGUAUUGGAUAUGGAAUGGAAGAAUGAUGGUACUAUUGUAAAUGUGUAAAUUUCUAAUUGUUUUUUUGGGAUCAAUAUUUUCUUUGAUAACUUUCGUCGUUAUAUGAUGUAUUGUGCUGGAUACAAGAAAUUUGAUUUACCACGGAUGAAAUUCGAACCCAGCAAAAAUAUUCAUUGUCAGGAUGUCAUACACAUUGCACAUCAUUUAGGUUUUAUUCACAUAAUUAAAUAACGAAAAACUGAAAUACCCAAAGCAUAUUUUAUUGUUUCUUAACAUUUUUAAAUUGGCUUGAAAUUGUAUUCCAAUUGGAAGGAAGUGUAUGUACAGGAAUGACUCAAGAUUUUGUCAGUCAUCUCAUUAUAAAUGUUAUAGGGGAGACUGAUCAAUAGUGAGAAUUUAAAAUUCUUGAUGUAUACGUGAUGAAUGAAAAGCAUUUGAAACGAAUGUUUUGAUUUCAAUGUUGGCCUAAUCUUUCUCUUGCUAUGUAAGAUUUGUAUUGAUUAGUAUAUAACGUGAUGAUUUGUCGUAAUAUUUCUGUGUUUUUAAGAUUUUUUUUUUUUUUUUUGUACAUUACCCCUCCCUUUCUUUUCUGAAGGGCAUAACAUUGUGUUCAUCAGAACAUGUACAGUUUGUAGUAGUGUGUGAAUGACUGAUUUUGUGAAUAUCUUUGUAAUCACGGCCCAAGUUAGUUAAAUAAACAACAAAUAUCAUUUGAAUUUCACACAAAUUUACACAUAAAAAGUAUGUUAAAGCUCACUUUUGUAGUUAGUAUACCAAGAAAGUUCAAUUUUUAAACUAUGUACUAUACAAAUCUUUUAAGACAUAAAUUUGAUGGAAAUCUUCAAGAGUAAGAUAGCUCUGGAUGGCUUGUAGUUAAAAUUCUGAAAGUCUAAAAGUCUGUUGGAGUUGGAUUUGAAUGAACUGUACCUGUGGAAAUUAAUAAGUAUUUGUCAUAAUCAACACCAAAAUUGAAACCCAAAUAUCAAUCAUAAUAUCUAGUCCUGUAUGUGGCUCAUUUUGUCUCAAGUUCUUCCCUGGAAACUAGUUUUGUGCAUCCUUGAGAAAAUGAAUGGAAAUAAAAUAUUUUGCAUGAACUUAAAAUCAUUAGAUUUACGGUAAAUUGCUGAGGUCAUUAAACAUUUGUGCUUCAAAGGUUAUCGUGUAAAACACAGAGUUAUCUCUCUUGUAUAACAUUAAAAAAGACUAUAAAAAUGAUCAAAAUAGAGGUUUAUGAAUUGUACAUACAAGUGAGUCAGAUGUUUCGUACAGCAAUAUCGGCCCUUUUUUUGUGAGGAGUAAGUGUGUUAUGUCUUGUGUCUGAGUUUGAGUGUUAUUCUGUCAGUUAUUUAUUAUUUAUUUCCAAUUACAGUUUGACAUAACUAUUCAUUAUAAUUGUAUAGUGCUUUUAUUCAAUGUAAAUGUAAUUUACUAUACACAAUUUCCUUCAAGUAUUGGAAACAAUAAAACUACUUGUUACAGUGA